GCAGGCGCCCCCUUCUUUGGCUGCGCCUAGAGGGGAACCGAAAGGACAGGGUGCGCGGGAGGCACGCAGAGCCCUGGGCUGCCUGCGCUCGCAGCGCCUGGGGAAUUGGUUGUGGGCGAGGCGGCCCCGGCUGCCCUUUAUCGCUCGCUGGGCUCGUCUUUUGAAACUUUAUCAGUGAGUCUCACCACUAGCCGCAGACGCGAGCGGCGGGGGGGGCGGGGGCGCAGAGGCGCCGGCAGCCGUGACGAGGCGCUCCCGGAGCUGAGCGCUUCUGCUCCGGGCACGCAUGGCGCCCGCACACGGAGUCUGACCUGAUGUAGACGCAAGGGGGUUAAUAUGAACGUCCCUCUCGGUGGAAUCUGGCUCUGGCUCCCUCUGCUCUUGACCUGGCUCACCCCUGAGGUCAGCUCUUCAUGGUGGUACAUGAGAGCUACAGGUGGCUCCUCCAGGGUGAUGUGUGACAAUGUGCCAGGCCUGGUGAGCCGGCAGCGUCAGCUGUGCCACCGACACCCAGAUGUGAUGCGUGCCAUCGGCCUGGGUGUGGCUGAGUGGACGGCAGAGUGCCAGCACCAGUUCCGCCAGCAUCGCUGGAACUGCAACACCCUGGACAGAGAUCAUAGCCUCUUUGGCCGGGUCCUCCUCCGAAGUAGUCGGGAAUCGGCCUUUGUUUACGCCAUCUCUUCAGCUGGCGUUGUAUUUGCCAUCACCAGGGCCUGUAGCCAAGGAGAGCUAAAGUCCUGUUCUUGUGAUCCAAAGAAGAAAGGAAGCGCCAAGGACAGCAAGGGCACCUUCGACUGGGGUGGCUGCAGUGACAAUAUUGACUACGGGAUCAAAUUCGCCCGAGCAUUUGUAGAUGCCAAGGAAAGGAAAGGCAAGGAUGCCAGAGCCCUGAUGAAUCUUCACAACAACAGAGCUGGAAGGAAGGCUAUAAAGCGCUUCUUGAAACAGGAAUGCAAGUGCCAUGGUGUGAGUGGCUCGUGUACUCUGAGGACGUGCUGGCUGGCCAUGGCUGACUUCAGGAAAACAGGCGACUAUCUCUGGAGGAAGUACAACGGGGCCAUCCAGGUGGUCAUGAACCAAGACGGCACUGGCUUCACUGUAGCCAAUAAGAGGUUUAAGAAACCAACGAAAAAUGACCUCGUAUAUUUUGAGAACUCUCCAGACUACUGUAUCAGGGACCGAGAGGCAGGCUCCCUGGGUACAGCAGGCCGUGUGUGCAACUUGACUUCCCGAGGCAUGGACAGCUGUGAAGUCAUGUGUUGUGGGAGAGGCUAUGACACAUCCCAUGUCACCCGGAUGACCAAGUGUGAGUGUAAAUUCCACUGGUGCUGUGCCGUGCGCUGUCAGGACUGCCUGGAGGCCCUGGACGUGCACACAUGCAAGGCCCCCAAGAGUGCCGACUGGACGACUCCUACAUGACCUCAGCAGAGGUCACAUUCUCCCUUUCUUCCCUCAAGGACUCCAAUUACAUCUGCAAGGACACUGGACCUCUGGGUUGUUUUCAGGGGGCUGUUUCUCAAGGCAUGUAGUCUUCAUCUCAACAGAAACCCCCUUUCCCCUCUCUGGGGGCCCCGGGACUGGGAACCAGAUGCUGCACAUAAGUAUACUCUAUUCUGUCUAUCUUGGGCAUUCUGAGGCCACCUCUUUUCCUGCUGAUAUCUUUUUGGAAAUGGUAUGACAGGUUGUUAGAGGGGGAGGGUCAUGGCCCCCUACCACUAUCACCUAGACAUUUCCUCUUUCCUCUUAGGCUGUUGGGAGAAACAACAUCACAUAGCAAAGGAGCUUUCUCUGUGUCUUUCCACAGAUUCUAACAGUUCAACGAGUUCAUGCUUCUCUCUGGGGGGUCAGGGUAGGUAUGGAAAGCAGAAUCAACUGACACCAAAAUUUCCUCGUUUUUUUUUUUUAAAGACUAAGUGAGAGCUUUAACUAAGUGAUAACUGUUGAUAGCAUCCUUGGUGAUUGCCUAGAGAAGGAUGGCUUCCAAUAAACAUCAGGUUAAAACAUGUAUGUUUUCAGAGAAUGUAUUGGAUAUUAAGCCCGGAUAUAAUAGGGUGAAAAUGUUUGUCCUUUCAGACUGUUAUUUUGAACUUUCCUGUCAGCCAACACCUCAGAAAGUGAUGGUUGUUCCUCACUGCCCCAUCAGUUUAAGGACUCUUAAGAGAUGAGACUUCUCAGCAGACUCUGGAGAGAAUCUGAAGGGGGAUGGGUGAUCUAGCAGUAUUAUUUAACUACUGGGUAAAUAUGGUUUAAAAAAUGAUAAUACUAAUAGCUUUGUGAGUGGAAUAUCAUAAAUGUGCUUGUAUGGCAAAAAAGGAAAGAAAAAAGAAAAAGAAAAAAGAAAAGAAAAGAAAGCAAUAAAAUCCCAGUGGAAUUUUUGACUAAGACUACUUUGUGCAUGCCCACUGUGAGGAGCAGUGUAUUGCUGACAGAGAGGUCUUCAGAGCCUAGGACCAGCUCUCCCAUAUUCAGAUACCCCGGAUUGCUUUGUUGUGUGUUGAGGAACAUUGGCUAGGAUCCACCAACCUUAUGGCCUGACCCUCCUGUGUUUGUUUCAUGCUUGCACGCUAUGAGGAUGCAGCCUAGAGAAAGAUAGCACAUAACUUCACCUUUAAAUCUGGUAACAUGACUGUAUCACAUUGCAAGCACUCUGUAACUUGGAGAUCAUAUUUAAAUAAUACAGCUAUAGUUACAGGAAUAUCAAUGUGGAAAUAAGGAUUGCCUUCUGCCAGGAGAGGACAUUCAGAGAAAAUGGAGUGGCUGUCAACCCCAAUUUAUGAUUUUAAUGUUAGAUGAGAGAAAGUGAAGUUGAUAAGACUACUUAUUUUCAUGCUGCCUAAUCUGGUUCUUUUACAUAUAAUUUCUUCAUAGAACUGUAUUAUCUAAUAGGAUGUCUCCCGGUACACAGCCAGCAUCAACUGGUGCUUUCUUAAUGUUUCAUACUUUGGCCUUCAUUUUUCCAUCCUUGUCCAAAUCACUCAGCCUGAAGCUCACGGACAACAAAUAAAAUGACUGAACUCCAAUACUGUCCUCCUCUCCUCCCUUUCUUCCCUCCCCUUCUAGUGACUGGGGUCAAACCAGGGUCUUAUCCUUGCCAGGCAAGUGCCUCUAGCCCUGAGCCACAUCUACAUCUGUUCUUUUUGUAUAUCAUGAAUUCAGUAAAUAGGAACAAUGAGCAGGAAAGUGGCAACUCAGGGCUUAGCAUGGGGAAGGCCUGGCUGGGACACAGCUCCCAGUAUCCUAGACACUGGGAAAGCUUUCUUGAGCUUCCCAAAGCCACCAUCACUUCUUGCUACUAAAUGAAUGGUGAAAUCUUAAAUCCAUGGAUAGCUUUAGGGUGGGGAAGAUUUCUCCAGGAUAGCAGCUCCUGCCAGUUCAGGCAAACAAAACUGAAGAGACCUGAAAGGAUCCCUGCAAACUUCAGCUGGAACCCUAGUAUCCACAUAAAUAGGACUUCAAAAGGUUAGUUUGUCCAUUCAAAAGAGCAAGUUUCUCUCAGAUGAACUGAACAGAGACUACAGAAUUUUAGCCUCCAGUAGAUAUAUAUCUUUUUAACUAUUAUUGCUGAGAUGUUAACUUCCUGAACUUCUUUGCUGAGAUAUGUCCCUCUGAUAGGCAUCAAGGAAGCAAGGCCUAUCUGUACAAAGCCUGCAGAUUUUGCUCUAGUGUGUGAGGACAUGGGACCCGGCCCUGCAGAGGGCAGUGGCUCUGGGGUGGUGGAGAGAAGGAACAGAACAAGCAAAUGAGAUGUUCUAAUAUGUUUCUAUUUCCAAAAGAGGACAUUUAUAUUUGAAAAGAAUUAAAACAAUAACUUCAAACUCACUUUCUUUGGGGCUUAGUAGAAGCCCUAAAGAUAUUCUGGAAGUCUGAAAUACUCUAAGACUUUGAUUAUCUUGGGUCGUUAUGAAAAGUCUAUCACAUUUUAUUAGCAAAACAAAAUAAGGAAGAUGACCAUUGAGGUUGAACUCCCCCUCCUGCCCCCCUGCAAAUUAAAGUCACUCUAUAAAUUGGUUCCUUAGGCCUUGGUUAACUUUAAUUAAUUUCCUGCACUAUCUGAAUCCAUCUUGAAUAGUGACUAUGGUUCUAUGGAAUAAUCACAACACAACCCUAAGACGUAGCCUGUGGAUGGCCUUUUUCAGCAUAUUUUCUUUGCUAAAAGUUGUUUGCAUUGCUGACUGACAGUUGUCCAUUGUUUUGACAUUUGCUUUGUCAAGUAACCUUCCAAUUAUAGUACCCUCCCACAACCCCUUCUAGUCUGAAAUCCAUGUCCUAUCUCAAGAGGUCAGUUCUCCCCUCAAGUGUCUUUAGCCUGAGCAAGAAAGGAUUGUUAAGUAUUCUCAGUUCCCAGUGUGCUCCUUCACUGCCUGACAGAUUUCCAGGGGCAGAGAGAAGGGUGGGGCAUAAGGCUCAGCAGAACAUUUCCUAGGGCAUCACCAGGUUGAAACAGACUCCUGAGAGGUAAAGCUAUUCCAUUUGAGUGGCAUCAAGUGAUUGAACCAGAUAUAAAGAAAAGCUUUGACCAGCUUUGGCCACUUUUCAAAUGACUGGUCAAGCUCUGUAAACAUAGGCAGUGACAUUUUCCAUUCUUGUUGGCUAUGCCUGCCCUUUCUGAUGUUGUCACUUCCUUCCCAUCAAGUAACUUCUUCAGGAGAGUCAAGGACCCUGGCCAGAACUCAAGCCUUACCCACUGGACAGUUCUUUGUACUUGAAAUCAUCAUUUAUUGCAAGGUUAUUUUUAAAUCAUCUCUACUAUAGUCCUUCAUCUUAGAAUUAUUGCUAUUAAAGAAAACAAAAUCAAGUGUUGUGUUGGUUUUUUUCAAAGAUAUCUUUAAAGUUGGAAUACCAAGCUCCCCAAUGACUAUCCUAGGCCUGGUAAUUUAGAGAAGAUCCUUGCCAUCUGUGGUAGAGUUACAGCAGACCACCUCAGAGCCCCUGCACAACUGCGCUUGAACACCCCUGGACCAUAUUCUCAGCUUUUAGAGGUUGGCCUGGGGCUUGUGUCUCACACAGUUGAAAUACAUUCACCCCUCCCUGCCACACACGUGCCUCUUGCAUGAUCUCAAAAAUCAAAGCUCAGAGAGGUGUCCAAUGGACCAGAACCCGUUUUUUGUGACUAGUUUUGUAUUUCAAUCUGGGUUUCUUUAUCUUAAGAGCAACAAUUGUACUUAAUAAACAGACCUCAAUAGUUCUAAAACUGGUAAGUGGCCUGGCAGGGAUUUGUUGAACUUCUGGUAAGAAAUGCUUGGCUGAGAGCGGGCAGGUGAGGCCAGGUGACUUUGUUCUUCUCCUCCCGAGGCAGAGACAAGAGUUUCAGUCAUCCUUGAGAGUGGGCUUUACAUUUUUCUGGGGAUCAGCAAAGUGACAAGUAGUCUGAAAUCUAACACGAUCAUUAUUUUUUUAAACUGUAGUAAUUUCCAGCCCUGGCCGUUCUGGUUUGUUUUUCCUUUCUCCCCAAUAUUCCCAUGGAUUUCUGUUUAGCCAAACCUCCCCCUUCCAUAAGCUAAUAAAAGUGUCACGUAGGUUGCUAUAAAGAACUAUUGUUAUUUACAAGUCGGCAUUUUCUGUGAAAUCAAAA